CGGGCCGGCCAGAGAGCCGGAGAGAAAGCCAGGACCGGCGGUAGCCCGGCGUAGGCGGAGCCCGCGGCCGCCAUGUACUUCCGGAAUUUGAAACCCGUUUCCGGAAGUCAGGACGGGGUCCCCAUGACGACCGACGUUGGCGCUGGCAGGCUGUUGUCUUAGAGCAAGGGAAACAGCUCUGAUUCUGAGGAACCAGACGCUUCUUCCUCAGUGCUGGGGAGAAAGCCAGGAGCCGUUGUGUGGGGAAGUAUGGAAUGUGCCCUUGGGGGCCCAAGAGAGCAGCAGGAAGAUGCUCCAGACCAGUAACUACAGCCUGGUGCUCUCCCUGCAGUUCCUGCUGCUGUCCUAUGACCUCUUUGUCAAUUCCUUCUCGGAGCUCCUGCGGAUGGCUCCUGUCAUCCAGCUCGUGCUCUUCAUCAUCCAGGAUAUUGCAGUCCUCUUCAACAUCAUCAUCAUUUUCCUCAUGUUCUUCAACACCUUCGUCUUCCAGGCUGGCCUGGUCAACCUCCUGUUCCAUAAGUUCAAAGGGACCAUCAUCCUGACAGGCGUGUACUUCGCCCUCAGCAUCUCCCUUCAUGUCUGGGUCAUGAACUUACGCUGGAAAAACUCCAAACGCUUUGUCUGGACAGAUGGACUUCAAACGCUAUUUGUAUUCCAGAGACUAGCGGCAGUGUUAUACUGUUACUUCUACAAACGGACAGCUGUGAGACUGGGCGAUCCUCGCUUCUACCAGGACUCUCUAUGGCUGCGCAAGGAGUUCCUGCAAGUCCGACGGUGACCGCUUCUUAUCACACUGAUGGAUGGCGUUCCUUCCUGACGGAAGCCACGUCUGCAGUUCUGAAGGGGGAGUGGUUGGCCCGCUGCAUCCGGAAGCAGCUUGACUUUUCCAGGACAGGCUCAGGCCCGUUGUGUUCAGCAGUCAAGAGGGAAGAUCUCCCUCUUGUGAAUUACAGUGUUCCCCACUACAGACGCCAGUGUAUCCUCCCCCUGCCUCAGUGUUGACCCUUCCUGCCCCCACCGUUCCUCACAGAAGGCUCUGUGGCUCUUAUCCUUGGGAAGCUUUGUGCUUAGCCUGGCACAGCCCGAGCUCCCAGCCCCCACUUCCCUUGCACCACACACUAAUGACUGAAGGAUGCAAAGAGGGAUAUUUCUGUGCUCCUGGCUGGUCACAGCUUAGACAUAGAGAUUUUAUACCCAAGGCACAUUUUUUACAUUUUAUAAAUAGGAAAUAAAUUCAAUUGUUUUUCCAUAAAUGGUGGAGUCUGUCCGUCUAGAUAGAUCUCUUCAUGGGUAAGAGGCAUGCCAAGUCCUAACCUCAGCAUCCACUUGACCCAGUGGGCAGAGUGAGCCACAGAGCAAAUACAGGUAUUUAUUGAGUCCCUUUAUGAGUACACGGUAUUUUUGCAGAAAUUUAAGAUAUCAUCUGAUGCCCCACCCCCACCCCUGGAGUUACAGAUUUCUGUGCUUCGUUCAGACUCUCUCCUCAUCAGAGGCCCAAACUACCCUCAGAAGAAUAAAAAAUGUUCCUUAGCCUAUUUUGGCAAAGGGAAUUUUUAAAAUUCA